AUGGCUCUUCAGAAAAUAACUUGUUAAAUACCAGAAGGAUAAAUAUACUACUUUGAAAUUGAAGUUUAGAAUAUUAGAAGUGAAUUGUCUAAAAGAAUACACCAUAUACCGUAUGAUAACAUAAUUUUAGUUGAUGAUUAGGAUAAAGUAUAUAGUGCAUCGACUGCUUUAUAUUCUUAAAAAUAUAAUAAUUUAAUGAAAGAAUUAUCCUACACGGUUAUUGAUGCUUAAUAACUUUAUAGAGAGUAUAAAGAAUUGAUUAAAAUGAAAAGUAAGUAUUAUCAAGAGUUAAUCGAGACUGCUAAAGAAUUAUCAGAAAUUAAAGAAAAAGAAAUAUAAUACAAAACUAUUAUAUAAUAAUUAUCUGAAAAAAAUACAAGUGAAGAGGUCAAUAUUCUAAUAACAAAAUUAACAGAAAUUGAUAAGAUAAAAGCAUAAAAAGAAGUAUAAAUUUAAGAUAAAUAUAAUUAUCCUGAAUCAGAAUUAGAUUAGAGGAUUAUUAAAAGUUUAAAUUAAGAAGAUAUUAUAAUAAAAUUAUAAGAAGAAAAUAUUAAAUAAUAAAUUAAAAUUGAAGAACUACAAAUAAAAUCAAAUUAAGAAACAAAUUAAAAUUGGCAAAGUUAAUGUUAAUUUUUAAACACUUAAUUGUAACAAUAUCUAAAACAACAAAAAAUGGCCAUUUAAUCCUAUUAUGAUUUAGUUUCAUAUAUAGAUGAUCUGGAAUUUAGUAUUCAAGAGUUGAGAGUGGAAUUUGAAUAUUCAAAAAAUAAUGAAGAAAAAUAUAAAUCAUAGUUAAAAUUAGAAAAGAAUAAAUUAGAUAUAGCUAAUGAAAAGUUGUCUUAAUUUGAAAUUAUUGUUCUAGAAAAAGAAUUUUAAAUUAAAAAGUAUGAAAGAGAAUAAAAACUACUAGAAUGUAAUUCAUCAAAUGAAAUUCAAGAUGAUAAAGAUAAAAUUACUGGUUUAAUGGAGAUAUUAAUGUAAUCACCCCAUAAAAUUUACGAAUUUGAAAAAUAAUAGAAUGAUUAAUUAAAUUAGGCAGAUUAUGAAAUUUUUGAAAUAAAUAUGGAUAAUGAUUUAGCAAAUGAACUUUUGAAUAAAAAUUAAUAUGUUUAAUUUGAAUAAUGUUUAAAAGCAAAUUCAAAGGGUGAUAUAAAAUUAAGUUAAAGUAUUCAACCAAAUUCUGAAUCUAUAUUUUUUAAGGGUUAUUUAAGUGUUGUUAAGUAGGCAACAUAAAAUGAAUAUAUAGGAAAUUUCUUUUUAAUAGAAGAACUUGUUUCCUAAAAUCAACCAUUUAAAACUAUAGAUGAAGCAAUUUAACUAUCGAAAAAUAAUUUCUUUUGUUAAUUAUUAAUGGAAAAAUUUAAUAAAAUGUUAAAUUCAUCAAAAAUUAAAGAAGGAGAUUAUCAAAUUGCCAGAUAGUUUGUGUUAAAAGCUAAAGGUAUAUUUUGAAUUUAUAAAUAUAAUAGAUAAAGAAGUAUAUUAUUAUUGUGAAAUGGUAAAUGAAGGAGAAUUUAGAAAGAUAAAUAGUGGAAUAUUCCAGCCUAAAAUGAACGAAAUAGAUUCAUAUUUUAAUGAAUUUUCUAAAUACGUCUAUUAAUUUUCAAAUGAAAAUUAUAUUAUUACUCAUCUUUAAAUUUGUGGAAAAAAUGUUUAUGAUAUGAUAGUCAGUACUACUAACAAAGGAUCUUUUUCAAUACUAGAUUAAGGAGAAAAUGAAAUUCGAAAGUUUUUACAAAUUAUUGAUAAUUAACCUGCCUAAAUGAUUAAAACCUAUUGGAAUGAUAAUAUAGAAGCCAUAACUAAGGAAGAAUUUAAAUGAG